GCUGUUUUCUGGAUAAAUUCUUAUUGCAUCAUGGGACGUUACGGGAAGCAGUCGUGAAUUGCCGUUCGCUUUGUUCAGAUUUCCCUGCUGUUAAGUUCUUCUUCAAUCCAACUUCUGACUUGGAUCACCAAAAACCAAAUCGCGCGAUGGGAAAGAAGAGCAAAAACUUUGACAAAGGAAAGAAAAGAAGAAGAGAUGACUCUGAUGAUGACGAUCUUGAUGACCUAGAAGGCAUUCCUCAGGCAUCCACUCAAAAUGUGGAGGAGCGAAGCCUGGUUGACAUCCCAAAGGAUGAAUUUGGUGCACAAGAUUUUCGUAGCAUCAUGGAAUUAAGGGAUGACCACAACAGUCGCCCGCUGUGGGUAGCACCAAACGGUCAUAUUUUCCUGGAAGCUUUCUCGCCUGUCUACAAACAUGCCAAAGACUUUCUCAUCACGAUUGCAGAGCCUGUGUGUCGUCCUGAGCACAUUCAUGAAUAUAAACUGACAGCAUACUCUCUGUAUGCGGCGGUGAGUGUUGGCCUCCAAACUAACGACAUAGUUGACUACCUCAAACGUCUCAGUAAGACCACUCUGCCCUCAGGCAUAUGCGACUUCAUUGAGGCGUGCACCCUGUCUUAUGGUAAAGUGAAGCUGGUACUAAAACGUAACAGAUAUUACGUUGAAAGCGACUUUCCAGAUGUUAUUCAGACCCUCAUUAAAAACGCGGCCAUACAGGAGUGCAUGUUGCGUCCCGAUGAGGGUUUGGUGUCCACUGAGAAGCAGAAGGUUUCAUCCAUCGUGUUCACGAGUCACCAGGGGCAGAUGGCCGGUGAGACGCAGGAUACUACGACCCUUGACCAAAACGGUGAGCCUAAGGAUGAUCUCGUACCUGAAGACAUUGCUAGCUUCUAUGAUAAGAUCGAUAAAGCUGAUGAUGAAGAAGAGGAAGACAAAGAUCUGAAAACUUUAUCGUUUGAAAUCACUCAAGAUAAGAUUGAACUGUUGCAGAAGACUUGCAUUGGGUUAGAUUAUCCUCUUUUGGCCGAAUACGACUUUAAGAAUGACACUGUGAAUGACGACAUCAAGAUUGAUCUAAAGCCUAGUGCUGUGCUACGACCUUACCAGGAGAAGUCGCUCAGAAAGAUGUUCGGGAACGGCCGAGCGCGGUCAGGUAUUAUUGUCUUGCCCUGCGGUGCUGGCAAGAGUUUGGUUGGUGUCACUGCCUGCUGCACUGUCAACAAAAAGGCUUUGGUGCUAUGUAAUUCUGGCGUGUCAGUUGAGCAAUGGAAGCAGCAAUUCAAGAUGUGGUCCACUGCUACGGAUGAUAUGAUUUGUCGGUUCACUUCAGAUGCUAAAGAUAAGCCCUACAAUGCCGGCAUUCUCGUCACGACAUAUGCCAUGAUUUCACAUCAACAAAAGCGCGCGUACGAAGCUGAGCAAACAAUGCAAUGGCUCAAAGAGCAGGAGUGGGGCAUCAUGGUGUUGGAUGAGGUGCACACCAUCCCGGCCAAAAUGUUCAGGCGAGUGCUCACUAUCGUACAGGCCCAUUGUAAGCUCGGCCUCACAGCCACGCUUGUCAGAGAAGAUGACAAGAUCGCCGACCUCAACUUCUUGAUAGGUCCCAAGCUGUAUGAGGCCAACUGGCUCGAGCUGCAGAAGGAAGGCUUCAUUGCAAAGGUUCAGUGCGCUGAAGUGUGGUGUCCGAUGACUCCUGAAUUCUACAAGGAAUAUCUCACUGGCAAAGUUUCUGAUCAAAAAAUCAAGCUUCUUUGUGCAAUGAAUCCCAAUAAAUUCCGAACCUGUCAGUUCUUGAUAAAAUAUCACGAACAACGAUGUGAUAAAAUCAUUGUUUUUAUCGAUGAAGUUUUUGCAUUGAGGCAUUAUGCCAUGGCCAUGAAUAAGCCUUUCAUCUGCGGUAAAACCAGCCAAAAGGAGAGAAUGAUGAUCAUUCAAAACUUCAAGUUGAACCCUAAAGUCAACACAAUAUUCUUUAGUCGUGUUGCUGACACGUCUUUUGACAUUCCGGAAGCGAACGUGCUUAUAGAAAUUUCAUCACAAGGAGGAUCUCGACGUCAGGAGGCCCAGAGACUGGGUCGCAUUUUGCGUGCCAAGAAAAGCGCCGUCGCUGAGAAUUUCAACGCCUUCUUCUACGCACUGCUGUCGCAGGACACCAGAGAGAUGGGCUACUCACGCAAGCGUCAGAGCUUCCUCAUCAACCAAGGCUAUGCUUACCAAGUCAUCACUCCCAACAAACUCACGGGCUAUGACAAGGAAGAGCUUUUGUAUUCUUCUAAAGAGGACAAACUCGGUCUACUAGAGAGUAUCUUGGCUGCAGCUGAAAGCGACCUGUACGAAGAAGGCGUCACUGAAUUGGGAGGAAAACCAGCUCCCUCAGGAGGCGGCGCUGCGUUCCAGCGUCGCCCUGGCAGCAUGGCGAGCGUGUCGGGUGGCGAUGACGCCAUCUACGCCGAGCGUCGCAAACACGUCCCCAACAAGGAACACAAGCAUGCGCUCUUCAAGAAGUUCAGAAGCUAGAAGUGCGGUCAUUAACGAAAAAUGAAUGUAUCACUCGAUAUUACGUUGUUACUACAAUCAUUUCUGCCAUGAAAAUAGUAUUUCCUUAGGAGUAACGAAGCAAUUUAUUGUUGAAGAAAUAAUAUGCAUGAAAAUGUUCUACUUCAUUGACAUUUUAGAAUGCGCGCAUUCCAAUUAAUUUUUGUGUUUUUUGAUGUAAUUUAAAUUCCAGCUUGCAGUAGUUUACCUCAUCGAGACCACGCUAUUGAAAAUGCGCGCAUCUUUCUUGCUCUCCUGAUUGAGACUUUGUGAACUUAUGAGUUUAUUUUUAGUAGAUUUGCUCGCUAUCGAUAUAAAGAUUUGAGGUUAUUCUAAAAAUGUUCAAUCACAAUGAACAGAAACGAGCAUAAAAUUUUUUGAUGCGGAUGUGUCGUCUUAUUGAUGCAAAUGUUGUUCACUAUUGUAAAAUACCCACGAACCGGCGGCAUAUUGUUUAAUUGCAUCAACUGUUCACACCGCCAACAUGCAUGCCGAUUACAAAAAUUGAUAUAUUUUUACGCUAUGGGAUGAGCAUCCUGUUCGACAUCUGUUACUUGAAUUCCUUGUAAGACCAAGCCGUGUGCCACCUUUUGUAUAUCUUCUGGGAACUGAGGCCCUUUAUUCCUAGCAACUAUUUACUCUAUACGAAAAAAUAAAUACUCUUGAAACCAA